AGCACCGGCACAGCACAACACUCCGUCCGGACUCCCGACCAGCCAGCCAUCGUUCUAACGGGUGCGAUGCUAAUUCGUCGCCGGAAGCAGCGCCACGACGCCACCCCCUACGAUCUCCGGCCUUCCUCUUCCUCAGCCAUCAAGAAGAAGAAGAUGUCUGGCAUUGGUGGGAAUGGAACCAGAAAUCAGCCCGGUAUGCGGUUUUCAGAGAAAAAGACUUUGAGAGCAGAGCCGCUCCCAAGCCAACAAGGAAGUAGUAUAACCUGCAGCUUCAUUCAGAAUCAAGUAAAAUUUUAUGGACAGACAGUUUCUUCGCAAAAGGUUGGAUCGUAUGUUGAUGUUGAGUUCGAGUCACACAAGCAUGCUCUUUUUGUGAGGAACAAUUUCAUACCAUCUGACUUUGAGCUGAAGUUUGCGCCAUCAAAUUUAUCUGACCUACCAAUGAUAAAGCCUGGAGUGGUUUAUCGACGCCCAGGUAGAAGAGAUCAUACGCAUGAUUCAGUUGAGGAUUCUGUUUCUCUGCCUUGGAAUAACCCAUUUCCUACUAAAUGGGGCGUUCCAGAUAAUCAGAUAGGUGAAUUCAGCAGGGUACAACCUAUUCAUCCAGAGAACAUUCAUCGAGAACCAGUUAAUCCUGCCCCUCCAUUUGAAGACAUUUUGUGGCCGGCACUAUCUUGAUAAAGGUAGUAACUGUGUGAGAACAAAAUGGGACUUGGUCUUAGGCUACUGCUGUGUUGUCUCUGGUCGUUGUUUAACUAUGUUGUCUUCGAACUUCAAGUGUUAGAUCAGAAUGCUCUUAUUGUUUUAAAUCUAGUUUUGUGUUUAUGUUCAUGAGCAAUUUUUGUC